AUGGGCAGGCUGGCCUGCGGCCAAGAAGCGGAUCCCCCAGUCUCACAGCGCACGACGUUGUCUCUCCAUCGUUGCCUUCGUGUUCCUGGAGGCCUUCCUCUUCGUUGGAGCUCCUUUAUACAUCUUUAUAAUGGUGCUUAUCUCAUCGAAAAGUGCAAUGUGAUAUCCCAUGGCAACCAACGAACUCCGACCGCGAGGUCUGCCCAGUGCAGCCUUCCGACAUUCUCUCCCACUGCUGCUGGUCGUGUACUUCACAACCGCAUCCCAGCAUACCUGCGAGAUUAUCAUGUGAGAAGGUAUGUUCCCAAGAGGCUGCUGGAGAAGUCUUUAACGCGCCUCCUCCCUUUAUUGAAGCGCGAGCGGUCUGAAAACUUGCUCCGCUUCUAUUACCAUGAGGCCAGCUGGGCUCUGGCAGCGCGGCGACUCUAA